UGCGUGUUAGUGAAUGUGAGUACGGGGAAGCAGCGGCCGCCAUUUCAGGGAGUCUGCGGACGCUGUCGCAGGGUUGGAUCCUGAGCUGCCGAAGUCUCCGUCCUGCACUCCCGCGCGGCUUCCCUAAUCCCAUUGUUUCUUUUAGAUUCGCUCGGGCCUAUCCGCCCUCGGAGCCCGAAAUCUGGGCUGGGCGUACCGCGGCCCGGGCCUAGAGACUUAACUGUAGCAACAGCGGCGGCGGCGGCAGCUGCAGCAGCCCUCCUCUCCGAGCACGAGCACCACAGGGGCCCAGAAGCCCGCGCAGGCGUUUAGAGAAAAAUGGCAGACGAUAUUGAUAUUGAAGCAAUGCUUGAGGCUCCUUACAAGAAGACUUGCCUAACGAUAUCUCACCUCUACUCCCAUGAAUUCACCUUUGAUUCCAGUGUGAACUGUCAAUCAUAAGGAUGAGAACAAGUUGAGCAGUGCUAAUGGCCAUGAAGAACGUAGCAAAAAAGUACUUUGCAUUUAAAAUUUAGAUCUUCUUACAUGGAAGAGGUCAAAUCCAGUUAUAGCAAAACACCUUUACUGCAGAGGCCAUAUAACCAAAAAGUCCAAAGGCCCAGCCCAGUGGACCAUUUACUUCAAUGAUGUUCAGUACAAAAUUCCACUGCCACUAAAGACUUUGGAAAGUCCCAUUAAGUUGUAACAGGAUUUGACUAUUAGUAUGGAUUUUUAUAACCCUUCUUUAGUUAACUUUGUUCUUUGAAGCUGCAAUCCGUUAUAGAGAAGUAUACUGCUUUCUUGCACCCUUAUGUUUUUGUCUGGGCUUUUAUGCAGAGAAUUGUAUAUUCUGAAUGUCUUAAUCAGGUUGCUGUCUAUUUACCUGUCUGGGGUUGCCUUCAGAUGUGGGUGGGGACUCAUUAAAAGUCCUAGGAAGACCUUAAGUUGAAAUUAAUUCUCCAAUAUUUGAGUGUUUCCUUUGGUAAAAUAAGUUUUAGGUCUUAAAAGAGGUAAAUAGGUUUGAUGCCUCUCUACUAUGGGCUACAUAUGAGCAGAGCAAAAACUUUGUCUUAUUUGUGGAAGAUUGAGUUACUUUUUACUUUGUCCUCUAAUUGAUUAUAUUUAGGACUUACAGCUAUUGCACAGACUUAUUUAAUAGAUAGUGUCAGGUUUUUCAGGCAACAAAGUUGGAAUGUUAUCUUUUGCCCUUCUGGGCGUUGCUUUGAUGACUUCUAUAUAAAUAAUGAGUGUAGCCUAAUUUUCUGUCAUGUGCUACCUAGCAUAUACAUUUCUGACAGUCAGGUGGAUUAUCUUGAAAUUUUAGACAAAAGUUUCUGCCUCCUUGGAAAGCUCUACAUCUCCUUGUGAUUGGAGUGUGGGUUUCAAGAUUCCAGAAGGAGGAAAAAAAGCAAGAGCAGAAGUCGUAGUCAUGAACGAAAAAGAAGCAAAAGUAAGGAACGGAAGCGAAGCAGAGAUAGAGAAAGGAAAAAGAGCAAAAGCCGUGAAAGGAAGCGAAGUAGAAGCAAAGAAAGGAGGCGGAGCCGCUCAAGAAGUCGAGAUCGCAGAUUCAGAGGCCGCUACAGAAGUCCUUACAGACGACGUUCCCGAAGCAAAAGUCCAUUCAGAAAAGACAAGAGCCCCGUGAGGGAACCUAUUGAUAAUCUAACUCCUGAGGAAAGAGAUGCAAGGACAGUUUUCUGCAUGCAGCUGGCAGCAAGAAUUCGGCCAAGGGAUCUGGAAGAGUUUUUUUCUACAGUAGGAAAGGUUCGAGAUGUGAGGAUGAUUUCUGAUAGAAAUUCAAGACGGUCCAAGGGAAUUGCUUAUGUGGAGUUUGUUGAUGUUAGCUCAGUGCCUCUAGCAAUAGGAUUAACUGGCCAACGUGUUUUAGGAGUGCCAAUCAUAGUACAGGCAUCACAGGCAGAAAAAAACAGAGCUGCAGCAAUGGCAAACAAUCUACAAAAGGGAAGUGCUGGACCGAUGAGACUUUAUGUGGGCUCAUUACAUUUUAACAUAACUGAAGAUAUGCUGCGGGGGAUCUUUGAGCCUUUUGGAAGGAUUGAAAGUAUCCAGCUCAUGAUGGAUAGUGAAACAGGUCGAUCCAAGGGAUAUGGAUUUAUUACGUUUUCUGAUUCAGAAUGUGCCAAGAAGGCUUUGGAACAACUUAAUGGAUUUGAGCUAGCAGGAAGGCCAAUGAAAGUUGGUCAUGUUACUGAACGAACUGAUGCUUCCAGCGCUAGCUCCUUUUUGGACAGUGAUGAACUGGAAAGGACUGGAAUUGAUUUGGGAACAACUGGUCGUCUUCAAUUAAUGGCAAGACUUGCAGAGGGUACAGGUUUGCAGAUCCCACCAGCAGCACAGCAAGCUCUACAAAUGAGUGGCUCCUUGGCAUUUGGUGCUGUGGCAGAAUUCUCUUUUGUUAUAGAUUUGCAAACAAGACUUUCCCAACAGACUGAAGCUUCAGCGUUAGCUGCAGCUGCCUCUGUUCAACCUCUUGCAACACAGUGUUUUCAACUCUCUAACAUGUUUAACCCUCAAACAGAAGAAGAAGUUGGAUGGGAUACAGAGAUUAAGGAUGAUGUGAUUGAAGAAUGUAAUAAACAUGGAGGAGUUAUUCAUAUUUAUGUUGACAAAAAUUCAGCUCAGGGCAAUGUGUAUGUGAAGUGCCCAUCAAUUGCUGCAGCCAUUGCUGCUGUAAAUGCAUUGCAUGGCAGGUGGUUUGCUGGUAAAAUGAUAACAGCAGCGUAUGUACCUCUUCCAACUUAUCACAACCUCUUUCCUGAUUCUAUGACAGCAACACAACUACUGGUCCCAAGUAGACGAUGAAGGAAGAUAUAGUCUCUUAUGUACAUAGCUCUUUUUCUUUUGAGAAUUCAUCUUGAGUUAUCUUUUAUUUAGAUAAAGAGGCAAGGGUCUACUGUCAUUUGUAUACAAUUCCUGUUACCGUGAAAAAAUAAAAAUGUUAACAGGAAUGCAGUGUGCUCGUUCUCCCUAUAUAGCAAAUCCCACUGUAUACAAAACUGUUCUCUUGUUCUGCCUUUUAUAUGUACAUGUAGAAAAUUACAUUAAGGAUCUAUAGAAAUAGCUCUAGGGGAACAAAUGUGCUUAAUGUAAAAAGGCAGACAGGGAUAUAAUGUUUUUAAUGUUUCAUUUCAGAAGCCUAACUUUUUACACAACAGUUACAUUUCACAUUUUCACUAAUGUUGAUAUGGCUAAUGGUUUAGCAGAGGUUUCUGAAAUACACAUUUAGUGUAUGGAAAUUCAAGACAGCUAAAGGGCUGUUUGAUUAACAUCUCAUCUUGCACUCUGAUCAAUUAGCAAGAAAAGAUUUCAAAAUUACAUUUCUGAAUAGUAUCUUUUCAAUUAAUGUAUCUGUAAAAGUUUCUCUGUAAAUAUGUGUUCUAGUGUGUCUAAGAUUCCAAACAAAAUGAUCCCUGCAUUUCCUCAAGAUGUUUAGUGAGUCUGGUAAGCAAAACAGUCUGAGCAAGAAAUGGGAAAUGCAGAAAUAGGUUUUGUCUGGUUGCAUAUAAUCUUUGCUCUUUUUAAGCUCUGUGAGCUCUGAAAUAUAUUUUUGGGUUACUUCAGUGUGUUUGACAAGACAGCUUGAUAUUUCUAUCAAACAAAUGACUUUCAUAUUGCAACAAUCUUUGUAAGAACCACUCAAAUAAAAUUCUCUUAAAAAGGCCA